AUGGCUGACAAAGAUUCAAGUGUUCCAACAGGAUCAACUUCAUCUGCUGUCUCCACCAACUCAGCAAUCAAGCAUCCCAACACCCAAGGCCCCCAAGGUGCCUCAUCACUCAAGCCCUUUCAACAGCCACUUGCCUCUCAAGUCCUUCAACAAUUUAACAACCAACACCCAAACCCCCCAAGGUGUUUCACCAUUCAAGCCCUUCAACAGCCACUUCCAUCUCAAGACCUUCAACAAUUAAACAUCCAAGCACCCAAGGCCCCAAGGUGUUUCACCAUUCAAGCCCUUCAACAGCCAUUUUCAUCUCAAGACCUUCAACAAUUAAACAUCCCAACACCCAAGGCCCCAAGGUGCCUCAUCACUAAAGCCCUUCCAACAGCCUCUUGCCUCUCAAAACCUUCAACAAUCGGGUUCACAAGCUGA